CUGUACACGUACGCACGAGAAACUUAGCUUUAACUGUUUCAUUGCUAACACGAUACAGCCCGUGUCUGAGAUGGAUGUGUUUCCCCAGCGCGGUUUCCAAUCGACCCUGCUUGUUUAAGACGCCUUCUCAAGUGUCAGUCAACUCCGAGGGGCGGAGUCAAACGUAAGCCCGAAGUGUUGAGGUUCAACUGAAGAAUCAAUCCCCGAAAUAGUCCAGCUGAAGCCAGGAUCACUUUGAGGGCAAAGCUCGAGUCAGGGGGCCGCAGUUGUCAGUCAGCAUCGUUCUCUCUCUUCACAAUGGCGGAGACAUCUGGGAAAUUUGACUUUGCCAUUGACCGUGGGGGCACCUUCACCGAUGUCUUUGCCCGGCUGCCUGAUGGUCGAGAAAGAGUCCUGAAGCUGCUGUCCAGAGACCCUCAGAAUUACAAAGACGCCCCCACUGAGGGCAUCCGCAGAGUCCUGGAAGAGGAAACUGGGAAGGCGUUUCCCCGCGAGCAGGCAAUAGACACCUCUCUGAUUGGCUGGAUCCGAAUGGGGACGACGGUUGCGACCAACGCGCUGCUGGAGAGAGAGGGGGAGAGAACGGCACUCCUGGUCACCAAGGGCUUCAAGGACUUGCUGCACAUCGGCACCCAGGCCCGGCCCAAACUGUUUGAUCUGGAGGUGGUGAUGCCUGAAGUGCUGUACGAAGAGGUCAUAGAGGUUGAUGAGCGUGUUGUUCUUAAGCAAGAGGGAUGCAAGCUGCCAACCAAUGGACUCAAGAGGACAGUAACAGGAAGCACAGGGGAUGAGCUUGAAGUGUGGAAGGAACUGGACCUGGCCUCUGUGGAGAAAGACCUCACAGGGGUUUUGUCUCGUGGAAUCAGCAGCCUGGCAGUCCUGCUGCUUCACUCGUACACAUGGUCGGACCAUGAAAAAGCUGUUGGUGAACUGGCUCGUCGGCUGGGCUUCACGCAGGUGUCACUGUCCAGCGAGGUCAUGCCCAUGGUUCGCGCAGUCCCUCGAGGUUACACGGUGUGUGCCGACGCCUACCUCACUCCGAAAAUCCGUCAGUAUUUGAAAGGAUUUACCGCUGGCUUCAAAGGCGGUCUGAAGGAUGUGGACGUUCUGUUCAUGCAGUCGGAUGGCGGGUUGACGCCUAUGGAGCAGUUCUGCGGUUCUCGUGCGGUGCUGUCUGGUCCAGCUGGAGGGGUGGUGGGAUACGCCAUCACGUCUUACAGUCCUACUGAGAGGAAGCCUGUUAUUGGCUUCGAUAUGGGCGGGACAUCCACUGAUGUGAGUCGCUACGCUGGUCAGUACGAACACGUUUUUGAGGCAACCACAGCUGGAGUCACGCUGCAGGCCCCACAGCUGGACAUCAACACCGUGGCUGCCGGCGGCGGCUCACGGCUCUUCUUCAGGUCAGGGAUGUUUGUGGUGGGGCCUGAGUCUGCAGGUGCACAUCCUGGUCCGGCCUGCUACAGAAAAGGCGGUCCUCUGACUGUGACGGAUGCCAACCUGGCUUUGGGUCGCCUUCUUCCUUCAUUCUUCCCAAAGAUCUUUGGGCCUGGGGAGAACGAACCUCUGUCACUGGAGGAGACCAUGAAGCACUUCCACCAACUGACCGAGGAGAUCAACCUCUUCUUGUCCUCUAACCAAACACAGAUGGAUACCCAGCACUCAAACAACAGGUUGCAAGGCCGCCCCUCAAAGAUGAGUGUGGAAGAUGUCGCCAUGGGGUUCAUCCGUGUGGCGAAUGAGGCGAUGUGUCGGCCAAUCAGAGCGCUGACACAGGCUAAAGGUCACGACACGUCUCAGCAUGUGUUGGCCUGUUUCGGAGGUGCUGGUGGGCAGCAUGCCUGUGCUAUUGCCCGAGCCCUGGGCAUGAAGAGCGUCUUCAUACACAAGUACAGCGGUGUGUUGUCAGCGUACGGCAUGGCUCUGGCAGAUGUCGUGGAGGAGGUGCAGGAGCCGUGCUCACUGCAAUAUGAGUCGCGCUGUUUCAGCGAACUGGACCGCAGAAUUGAGCAGCUCUCCAAGCGCUGCCUUGACACUCUUUGUGCACGUGGAUUCACCAGUGAGCAGAUAGAGACUGAGGUUUUCCUCCACUUACGUUAUCAAGGAACAGACUGCGCCCUGAUGGUCACAGCUGCUGGUCACCCAAGUAACAACCACAGCUGUCAAGCAGGUGACUUCCGCCUGGCCUUCACUAAAAGGUAUAUGAAGGAGUUUGGCUUCACUAUCUCCGAGAGACCCAUCAUGGUCGAUGAUAUCAGGGUCCGAGGUUGUGGCAAAUCUGGUAUCAAAUCAGUGUAUGAAUCAAAAAAGAAUGCUGGAGAUACUAAACCCGUCUUGAAGACUAAAUGCUACUUUGAGGAUAGAUAUCUGGAUACUGCUGUGUAUCUGUGGGAGGAGCUUAGCAGCGGCCAAACCAUCUGUGGUCCUGCAAUCAUCAUUGACAAAAACAGCACCAUCCUAGUGGAGCCAUGCUGUGAGGCCUGUCUGACAGAGGGGGGCGAUGUUCACAUAACUGUGGGCUCUGACCCUCACUGUGCCCUGGGCACUGAGCUCAACACGAUUCAGCUCUCCAUCUUCUCCCAUCGGUUCAUGAGUAUUGCAGAGCAGAUGGGCCGAGUCCUCCAGAGAACAUCCAUAUCCACCAAUAUCAAGGAGCGCCUGGACUUCUCUUGCGCCGUUUUUGGACCAGAUGGCGGGCUGGUGUCAAACGCGCCACACAUCCCAGUCCACUUGGGAGCCAUGCAGGAAACUGUCCAGUUCCAGAUCAAAUCCCUGGGGGACAGUCUAAAAGAAGGAGACGUGCUUCUCAGUAACCACCCGUGUGCUGGGGGCAGCCACCUCCCGGACCUCACUGUCAUCACACCUGUGUUCAGAAAAGAUGUGAAAGGGCCUGUGUUCUUCGUGGCCAGCAGAGGGCACCAUGCUGACAUUGGGGGGAUCACCCCAGGAUCAAUGCCCCCCCACUCCACCUCUCUUCAGCAGGAGGGGGCUGUUUUCAUUUCCUUCAAACUCGUCACUGGUGGAGUCUUCCAAGAAGAAGCUGUAACUGAAGCUCUGAUGGCCCCAGCCAAGUCCCCCGGCUCCUCUGGGACUCGUAAUCUCCAUGACAACUUGUCGGACUUGCGUGCUCAGGUGGCAGCCAAUCAGAGAGGCAGCCAACUGGUGGGGGAGUUGAUCGACAGCUAUGGGUUGGCUGUGGUUCAGGCCUACAUGGGUUACAUUCAGAGUAAUGCGGAGCUGGCGGUCAGAGACAUGCUGAGAGACUUUGCCGGUCGUCAACGGCAACAGAGGGGCUGUUUGGAGGUGGAUUCAGAGGAUUUCAUGGACGACGGGACACCGAUCAGACUUCAGGUGCAGAUCAACGAGAAGGAGGGCAGCGCAGUGUUCGACUUCUCAGGGACUGGACCUGAGGUUUGGGGCAACUGCAAUGCCCCGAGAGCCAUCACUCUGUCUGCUCUCAUCUACUGCCUGCGCUGCAUGGUGGGCCAGGACAUCCCGCUCAAUCAGGGCUGCCUCGCUCCAAUCCAAGUCAUCAUCCCUGCUGGUUCAAUCCUGCAGCCGUCCCAGAAUGCAGCUGUGGUGGGAGGAAAUGUUCUCACAUCACAGCGGGUUGUUGAUGUCAUAUUUAGGGCCUUCCAGGUCUGCGCCGCCUCACAGGGCUGCAUGAACAACGUUUCCUUCGGGAGUGAGAAAGUCGGUUACUAUGAGACAGUCGCUGGUGGCGCUGGGGCCGGACCCACUUGGGCCGGCAGGAGUGGAGUUCACAGUCACAUGACCAACACUCGCAUCACUGACCCGGAGAUUCUUGAGAAAAGAUAUCCAGUUGUGCUGGAGCAGUUCUCUCUGCGCCCCGGUUCAGGAGGUCCAGGGAAACACUGUGGCGGUGAUGGUGUGAUUAGAAAACUCUUGUUCAGAGACACGGUGGUCCUGUCUGUUCUGACUGAGAGGAGAUCCACUCGCCCAUAUGGCCUCCAAGGAGGCGAGGACGGUUCGUCCGGGCUGAACCUGCUGCACAAAGCUGAUGGUAGAGUUCUGAACCUGGGUGCCAAGACCAGCGUCAGCCUGCAGCCCGGGGAUAUGUUCUGCCUCUACACACCUGGGGGAGGCGGCUUUGGAAAGGAAGACGCCAACAAAGCCCCUCAGACCAAACGCAAGCGGCCGAACGAGACGUACCUGGAGAGGGGCAGUGUCUUUGACUACCGAAUGGCUCAGGAAGGAGUUUAACAGGAAAGUUAUGAGACUAUUUGCGUAGGAAGAGAAGCUUCUGUUUGUAAAUCUACUUCCUGCAGGUCCUCCGUUGAAGCGAAAUCUUGAGUAUUUCAGGAUUCAACGUUUGUAAAAAUGAAUCAGAGCAUGCUUUUGCAUUCUCAUCCAUCAGGCGACCACUAAAAAUAAACACAAUCUUAAAUAAUUGUUUGAUUUAACCAGCAUAUGCUGGCGUAUAAAGCGGCUAUAAAACGUUAAACUUCAGAUGUUUAUUAUACUGAACUGAUGCCAAAUGAAUGGAUUGCGUGUUGCAAGUGUUCACGUAGGAAGUAUUGGUUGGUGUGCGUGUGUGGACAGUAGGGGGCGUUCCGAUCUUACGCGUUUGAGUAGAUGUGGCGCAAGAGACGGACUUGUUCGUCGUCGUGACAGGUUUUUUUCUGAAAUAAGUGCUGUCUUAAUGUUGCAACAUUAUUCUUACGAGUAGAUAAUACUAAAGACUUAGACUAAAUGCCUCCAAACCUCCGCAAUUAUUUAACGCAUCUUAACCCAACAGCAGCUGUGAAGGAUUGAAGCGCAGCUGUGGGUCAUUCACUCUACUGAACCCUUUAGUGUAAGUAAAGUGGGUAGAAUUACUACUUAAGAUUUCAAAUCUUGAGAUCUGAUGAAGAAUAAUUUAAAUUUAUUCAAAUUUGUUUCUCUCUUAACGUUUUUUCCGUAGAAAAGAGACUUUGUAUUUGUAGUGAUAGACCAUGUCUUUGUGGAAUUAAACUCUUGAGCACACAGAAGAAACACUUAACAGCACUUGGUUUGACCAUCGGGGAACAUCUUCUGACAAUAGCGGCAUGAAUUUGUAUCCACGUGAAAUAAUUCAGCUGUCCUGUAAACUUAGAAACGUAGACAUAUGACAUAUGAGCCGUGCGUUAUAAUGCACGAUGUUUCUCAACAACCUUACCUUUCUGCUGCGUAUUACCAUUGUGCCCUUAACUUGCCUUUAACCACCGUAUGCCUUCUUCGGCUCAUCUUCAUGGUAUGACAGUUGAUGAAAGAAUAUUUUUCCACCAAAUAUUUUGUAUUAAAUGUCAACAUCAUGAAAUGUUACAAGAAAUGUUGAUAAACUGUGAAA